AUGGCUACGAUUAGAGCCUCACUGCCUCAUGAGGACAGAACAGCUUCGCAGCCUCGCGCAGAUGGGAUCGAGCCCGUCAUGCUCUCGAAUAUCCGCGAGAUCAAUCCUGCGGUCCGCCUGCUUCGCCUCAGUGCUCGUGAUCCACAGCACACCAUCAAAGUCCGCCCGCCCUUGACAGACUACAUUAUUCAUGAAGGACUAAAGCCAAUGGCUCGACACAUUCAUCCCAGGACUACCAAGAGCUGGCGGUUUCACUAUUACAUCGACACCCUUUGA